AUGGAGACUCCCGGCGCGUUUGCCAACGCGACUUCCUUCUUGCCGUCGCCGGCGGACUUGCUCAUGGCACUGCCGCGUCUGUUCUCCAAAGCCAGCUCUCUUGGCGACAUGAUGCGCUCGGGCGGAAGCGUUAUCGCAGAGCCGACAGCCAACCUGACUAACAGCACCAUGACAACUGCAUCCCCUGGCUUUGUGCAGGAAUCCAUUGCUGCUGCGGCUUCGGCGGCUGCAGCACCUGAGGGCGACAUGACAGUAUGGCAGGCCUUGAGGAAUGUAGCUGCCUGGUUCAGCUACAUCACUUCCAAAUGGGCCAUCGCAACCUUCGCGAUCGCAAUCAUCCUCAACAGAACUCACUUCUAUGGAAACAGUCGCGUUCCGCUAUCCUUCGACCGCCUUUACCUCCGUUUCGCUCUCUACAUCAUGCCCCUGGUUCUGUUCCUUUACCAAGCACAGAGCAUCCUACGAGCCAUACGAUGCCAAACCUCACCAGGGUGGUCGACAUUGCAAUAUGGAGCGGACGAACGGCAGCUGGACACAGACUUUGGCGGCGAAGGCGGUUAUCUGUGGCAAGUGGCAUCAGCGGUGCUCUUCUGGGAAACCACCGAGGACUCAUGCCGAGCUGCGAACAUGCUACCCAUGGAUCCAUCAGGCACGCGGUCCUCUGGGUCACUAGCGCUUCUAUGGCCCAUGUUUGUCACCCUCGGGUUUGGUCAGUUUGUCGAUACCCUGGCGUGCGCCCUGCAAGGAAGACGUCCGAUCCAGGAAGUUGGAAUGACCAUAUUUGAACAUUCGCUCGCAUUUGCAGAGGCAGAGGCAGUGGUGACGAAGCCGCUGGCGGUCGAUUCGACACGCUUCUUCAAACCAAAGUCGGUCUUCACCCCAGACGGCACCUCCCUCAUGAUUCCAAGGUCGAAGCUUUCCAGGAUGGCCAACGUGCCGCCAGAAGUGUUGUUGAUAUCCCUCAUCUCUAGUGUAAGCCACUUCAUAAGCAACCUGUUAGCAAUUGCCGGGGUGCGCUCGAGAUGGCGAUUAGUGACGACCACAAUGUGUGGGUUAGCAUACAUGUCAGCUUUCGCCUGGAGUUGUGUCCGUCUCACCAGGAUGGUCACUGAUCCAGAUCACUAUGUGGGCAUCUUGAGAUUUCCCACUGUUUGCAUCAUUGGGUUCAUCCCACACCUGCUGAUACUCGUGGGCAUCGCAGUGUGCGCACUAAUCUACCUCUUGGCUUUCCUUGUUCCCGUAAUAUCCCCGCCUGCAGGACGCACCGAAAAUCUGACAUUGGGAGAGAGGUUCUCUUUGGCCUAUGGUAAUCUACAUGCCAACAUUCAUCUAUCCUCGAUCACACCCUUGACCAUCAAUUGGCACGAAGACUUCUACACCACUAUACUCAAGGUAGGCUAUGUCAUUCUGACCUCGGCGAGUGAAGCCGUGUUCCUUAACGAGGGAACUAGAGUCAAUGUCCAUGCAAUGACCUGGCUUGAAAAACAGAGAUUACAGGAACUGCUCGCUCGACGACGAAAAACCCGAGAGAUGAUCACCAACAUUCCAUCUGAACUCAGAAACGAUACGUUUGCGCAGGGCGUUGAGGUGACUGACGAGCUUAGUGAUGUCAGGACGGAUACAUCAUCGUCAGGCUACGCAAGAGAGCGCAAGACGCGAGGUGUAGCCUCUGCAGAUUCUUCUAAUGCCAUGGGACAGAAUGACCCCGCGCUCCAGCAACGCAGUCGCUAUCUCCAAACAUACCAAUUCUUCUUUCGCAUAUCAAAGUUGAUCGUCCUCAGCCUUGCAAAGAUCACAGACUGGGCACUGGCCAAAGUGGGGAUCAGCUACCGGCCUAGAUGGCUACGACGUACUGUGGGACUUGUUGAUGACGAUGGAAAGAUGUAUGCUUCAGCAGCUGGAGCAGGCCGAUACCAAAACCAAACUACAUCAGCAAAAGAGCCAUGGCUUACCAUGGAUGACCGGUCCCGAGUCCGUCAGAAUCGAGAAUUCGACGUGGAGUCGUUCGCAAAGGAGAGGCUCCGACAGAGUGGCUUCUACUCUCAACCAGAUGCCGAGGACUCAGAGGAUCGUCUCGACGACUAUCUGUACUCCUGGUGGCGCAACGGCAGUCUCUGGAACGAGGUUGAUAACAGCCGGGACUAUGUUGUUCCACAAGACGACGACACUACGAGCGUCGUAUCCUAUGCUACCACGACAGACAACGAUGAAUGGUCAGACGUUGACGAUGGCCAAAGGACGCCUACACGCGAUACAUACCAGCGGAGUCGGGAAGAAACACCCUUGGCUGACGAUGCAAUGGAUUUCUCCCGUCUUUCUCAACUCCUCGACCCAAAGACCAGGGAGGACCGAGAGGAAGCCAAGCUGCUGUCACGCCAUCUACAGAGCUCCAACAUCAUGACACGCUCGCAGUACCGCAGGGCUAUGGAGCGCGAAGAAGCCAAGAUCCUAACAACAUCACGCUACAAAAUGGGUGAUAGUGUCAGCAUGUCUGCAGAAGAAGAGGAGCAGCUUCUGGAAGAUCUCAUCCUCAGUCGCCGGAGCGCGGCUGCACCGCAGGGCGCGAGCAAUGCUGGGAGCUGGGACACGGGAGCAGAGGGCAUGGGCUCGGAGGGACCACAGUGUGUGACCUUUCCCGACCCCGCCACCGCAUCCCAGCAUGGACAGCACCGCAGCGAUGACUUGCAGGGCUCUCUGCAGCCUCACUCGGGUGAGCUGUGGGGAGACGCGGGAACACCGCCCGAUGCGACGCGUCCAGACAAGGCCAGCAAUGGGGUCGUCGAUACCGUGCAACCAGACGGACUGAAGCGCAUCGCGUCCCCCUCGCCGCCACCGAGGGAUAGAAUCACUGAAUACGAGAAUGCGCUGAAGAUUUCACCACGGAAACCUGCUGAUGGGCCCCUGUUUGAGAUUAUUAAGAGUAACAAGAAGCCUAGCGACAAGAACUCUCCUAUCUCGAAGCUGCCAAAUGAGGUCCUGAUUCACGCCAUUGCCCACCUGUCGCCGAACGACCUUGCUGCCGUUUCCCUUGUCUCUCGCCGUUUCCAUGAUGCAGUCACCACCCCACACGCCUGGCAGGUGGCUUUUGGUCGCUAUUUCCCCGGCCCCCUUUCGCUCGAAGACGCCGCGUUCCGCUCAGCUCUUGAGGGCGAUGGCUUGGUCGUGCGGUCAGAAAAGAGACGCUUCACUAGGCUCACGGCAUUGGCUUCGUGGAGGAGCGAGUAUAUUCUACGCACCAGACUCUUGCGAUCGCUCGUUAGAGGCAAGCCUGUGCAGGUCCCCUCAACACCAUCCCGCGCUGCUCAGAUGCAGACAGUCACCCCAAUGAUAACCUACGAUGCCAAGACGUAUACCAUCAUAAAUCACUUGCAGGCAACGUUUGGCUCUGGUCUGAACAAGAAGAUGCCGCGUUUCAUUCAUGGUGCAGACGAUAUUGGCAUGGUGACCAGCAGCGAUCCGACAACUGGUAAAGUCGAUCCGUGGGGACAAAGCGACCCCCACUUCUACGGUCAAUUUUCAGAACGCUUUCCUGGUGUCGCUGAGUGGGGACUGGGCUCCGGAGACGUUGUCGGACGGCCCAACGUCAUGGACAUAUCGCAGCCGUAUGGCAUGAUCUAUGGCCAGGGCUGUCCAGAAGGCUCGUGUUACUAUCGUUCCCUCGAGGAGAUGCGCGGUCGCUUCAUAGCCGAACCCAGCGAUUUCAGUAUGCCAGAAGUCGGUAUACCGAAACUAGGUAUCGACGGUGGUGCCAUCUGCAGUGUCUGGAUCGCCAAGUCGAGCACAAUCCCCACGCUCUCGGAAGGUUUGGUUGGGAUGAUGAUGGGCUCUGCAGCUGGUGUCGUUAGUGCCUGCAGUAUUGGUACAGAUGGUCUCCGUACAUCUCGCGUACAGCGUGGCGAGCUGACUGCGCGCUGGGUUCUUAGUCCAGGCGUACCCAUCAUCGCCAUCGCCGUAGACGAGCAAUACUCAGCCAAGCGCUAUGCUCAGAACCGCAUUUGGGCGGUCGCUCUGAACGCUCUCGGCGAGGUCUUCUACUUGACCAAAUUUCCAACCCGCAGCCAGGCCCCAAAGGAUGACAUUGAGCAAUACUCAGAAUAUCUGGGCUGGCUGACUGGUCGCAGCGUAUACUGGAACCUCGUAGAGCCUAGCCGGCGCACUGCACGACCAGAUCCAUACAGCGAUGCCGAUGUUGACGGCAGCUACUCGCCUCGAACAUCGUGGGACGGCAUGUGCUUGAGCAAGGAACAGAUCACCGCCGAGACCAGAGAGAUACAACAGUUCCUUCGCAAGGAACCUAAGCAUUUCCGAAAGACGUGCCUUGGAUGGGAUAUGCGUCGAAGACUUGAGGUCGAUUUUGCUGGCGAUGACGGCAACCACGCUGGAGAGGCCAUGGUCGUCUUCGAAUGCGGGCUUGAAGAAGGAGACGUUGCGGACAUUAGACGUUUCACUCGAUGCAAGACUGACCAAGAAAAAAAUACGACUACCUCGAGUCGUAUCAUGACGCCUCAGCCUGCGCCGACUACAUCCCUGUUCGGUGGUCCAGGCACGGGAACUCUGGAUUCUUCUUCUCUUCGCCAGCGCAGUUCUUCGUACAUGUCGACUACGAGUUCGCCAGAACGAGCAAGCCUGUCCGAAGAAGAAUGGAGGUGUUCAAGACUCACUUUCGGCGGCUUCAAGAGCACCCAGCUUACCACUACCACUUUAGACGUGUCUACUUUCGCCACUCUAACCCUGUCUGAAGAUCCCGCGCUCGGUUUCUCGACUUCUUCCACUGCGUCUUCGCCCUACGCUUCCCCAAUGUCAGUUGCAAGUCAGCCUGCAUCUCCCUCUGAUAUUCCUGGUCAGCGCGCGAGAUUUGUAGCUGCUGGCACCAAGUCUGGUGUAGUGCUGCUUUGGGAUAUCCGGGCGCCCACAUCGCGCUCGUCCGACUAUACAAACAACAUCGACCCUCUUCGGAUCAUCUACACUGACUCACCAGAGAUAUCAUGCUUGGCUGUCACCUCUCUUUAUCUCGUAGCAGGCGGAAAUGACGGCCUGGUACAGGCAUGGGACCCGCUGGCUUCGAGUAUGUCACCUAUCACAACACUUCACUCUCGACAUGCUUCGCGUGCUCGGAGACAGCUCGUACAGGCUCAAGCCUCUGUCCAAGGAGUCGGCAUCAACAUGUUCGCUGCCGGUGCCGUAUGUCUGGACCCUGAUCCGACUGUCUUGCGAGGCGCAGUAUCGCUUGGCAAUCAGCUUCGGUUCUGGAGUUACAGCUCAUCUGCCGCUGACCAGUACAGAAGCAGCAAACGUAGACUUCGAAGAGCUGAACGCGGAAGUAACAAUACUGCCGAGCGCUUUGCUGGCACGGGCAGAGUCAACUUGAAGAACUACAUCGCCAACGAGCAUUCUGAGCUGGAGCGUGACAGGCAAGAACGUCAAAAGCAGGCCGAGCGCUUGGCUGGUCGUUUUGGUACGGAGCUAUUGAGCGAGGACGAAGCUUUGGCAUACGCCGCGAUGCUUUCCCAGGAGACCAUGGAGGCGGAGGAGCUGCGCCGCAUCGAGCGCGAGAGUAGCGCCUUCAGCAGUGAGACUGUAACGCCAGAGCCGAGCAUCCAAGCUCAGCCUUCGUCACCUGCCGUCAAAGAUGAUGAAGAGCUGGAUGCUGACAUUGCUGAAGCUAUUCGCCUCUCUCUUAAUGAGAGCUCUGGUGCUGACAUGUAUGAACCCGCCACUACGCCGCCUUCCGCAUUCGACAUUCCAAUCAAGUAUGCCAAGGGCAAAAAGUCUCUGCCGUCACGUUCUCAGGGCAGCACCCCCAGAAAAGACAGGACCACUGCUGGAUCGAGCAAUGAGAGCGAGAUGUCGGAUUUGGAGUUUGCCAUGCAGUUGAGUCUUGCUGAAGAGCAGAGUAGGAAGGAUGCCGAAGACGCUUUUCCACCGCUUAGUCCAGCGGCUGGCAGCAAGGGCAAGGGGAGGAUGUGGUAA